AAAGAAAUUGAAAAGCCAAAUGCAGAAAUAACCAACACGGACAAAUACUCACAAACGCGUUCUUCCUGUAGAAUCUUCAAUGCCUUUCCUUUCUAUAUAAAACACCUCUCCUUCUCUCUAUCUCACAAUUCACCACCUUCUCCAUACCAAACCCCUGCUACAUAUUUCCGUUCAUUCAUUUAUCAAUCUACAUUCACCAAGCAUGGCCGAUAAGCAACCCCACUUGAAUGGUGCUUAUUAUGGUCCCGCCAUUCCCACAGCGGAACCACCACGCUACCGCCCUCAACGCGAAAGAGGCUGCUGUUGCUGCCUCUUCGGAAUCUUGUGGAAGAUUCUGGUUGUACUCAUAGUUCUCGUUGGCCUGGCAAUCCUCAUAUUCUGGCUGGUUGUUCAACCCCGCUCCUUCAAGUUCCAUGUCACGGAAGCCGACCUAACCCAAUUCGAGUACAACGCCAACAACAGCACCCUCGACUACAACAUGGUCCUGAACUUCACCGCACGCAACCCCAACAAAAAACUGAACAUCUACUACGACAAGGUGGAAGCAUUGGCAUUCUACGAGGAUGCCAGAUUCUCCAAUGACGAUGUGAUAACGCACAUGAACUCGUUCAGGCAGUACACGAAGAGCAGCAGCCCCAUGAGCGCUGUUUUCUCAGGCCAGCAGGUGGUGACACUAAACAAUGAACAAGUGUCUGAGUUGAACGAAGACAAGAGUGGUGGCGUUUACGAAUUCUAUGUGAGGCUCAACUUCAGGAUUCGAUACAGACUUGGGGAUGUCAUCUCUGGUGACUUCAAACCCAAGGCCAAAUGUCAUAUCAAGGUUCCCUUAGCUAACAAUGCCUCUCAACCUUUUCAGACCACCAAGUGCGACAUCGAUUACUAGAUUACAUCUUCCAUUUCUUCCAUUCAUUUUCGUUUUCUCUUUCUUUACCAUUAUUUUAUAUUUUAAUAACGUUAUAUGUGGCUUGUGUCAUUAUUUUGUGCAUUCUUUGACUGUAUCCUGUAAUUCCUACGUUUUCUUGAAAUAAUAUUUAUUUAUAUA